AUUGUCAGUAUCAAUAUCGAGCAACUAGUGGAUUAACCUGCUGUACGAAUACAAUGAAAUACAAUUUAUUGCUGUUGGCCCUGAGCCUGCUGUUGGCUGCCUGUGUGAGCGCCAAUCCGGAGGACAUGAAGCUGGGCCUACCGAAACAAUUCUGCCCGUGUCCCCGCAACUAUGAUCCAGUCUGUGCCAGCAACUUGAUAUCCUAUCCAAACCGCUGUCUAUACGAUUGUGCACGUCGCGAACUCGAGCGGGCUGGACGUAGCUUGGAUUUGCUCAGAUCCGGAGACUGCUGAGCGUACCUUCAAUCUGUUUCAAAUCUGUUCAUUCCAACGCAAAUUUAUAAUCAAAAUAAUCAAAAUACAAAAUAAAUGGAAUAAUAAUUUA